AUGAGUAUUACACAAGACUCGAAAUAAGAAAAUGCACUCAACCAGACCUAGAGCGAAACAAAAUUUGAAUGGACCCCUUAAAGAUAGGAAAAACUUAAGGAGCUCCAUAUUUAGUAGCAAGGGAACUGGAAAUCUAUAAGCGCAUUAUUAGAUGGUCCUACACCAUUAGAAUGCAUGUAUAAAUGGCAAUAGCUCCAUCCAAAUUUAGUAGAAUGUUUGUGGACUUUAGAAGAAGAUGAAUAAUUGAAAGAAUUAGUUUAAAAGUUUGGUAAAAAAUGGAGUAAGAUCUGUACAGUAAUGGAUUGGAGAACAGGAAAAUAAGUUCGAGAGCGUUAUUUAAAUUAACUAUAAGGGACAAUAAAUUAAGAUAAGUGGACUGAAGAAGAGGAUAAGUUGAUCCUCAAAUUGUAUAGAAAAUUUGGAACUAAAUGGAGUUAUAUUUCUAGUUUUUUAAAAGGAAGACCUGAAAACAUGGUUAAAAAUAGAUACUAUGCCAACCUUAAGAGAAGAUACCAAUGUGAUCUAGAUGAUUCAGAUGAUGAUGAUAUCCAAGAAGAUUCUGUUUCUUCCUAAGAAGAUGAUAAAAUUAAACUUUUAAAAAGAAGAAGAUUACCUAUAUCAAAAAAGGAAGAGCCAAAAUCUAAAAAAAUUUAAACAUAAGAGGUUUGUUCAGAAAAUUGUUAAAUAUUAACAAGAUCAAAAGUGAAUAAAUAAAAAGAUGAAAAUAGCUAGAAAAUAGUCAGUUCUAAUGAGGAUCAAAAUAUUAAAAUUAAUAGUGGAUGCUAAAAUAUCACAUCUAAUUUGAAUGAUCAAGUCCUAAAUGUCAAAGAAGAAAAUUAAUAGUAAUUAGAUCAUAAUAAUUUUAAUUCUAUAAUACUUUAAUAGUCUUAUCAACCUUAUAAAUCUUAUUAAGAUUCCCCAAUGAUCCUCAAUAAUAAUGUAUUUUAAUAAUUCAUAAAUAAUAACAUGCCUUUGAAAGAAUCUAGUCCAAAAAUUACUUAAGAUCAAAAUUCAGUUCAACAACAAUUACUGCAAACCAAAUAAUAGCCAUUCAAAAUCCCAUAAUUACCUUAUGUUAUUAAUCAAUAUCCAGGAAUUCAAAUGAUGAACCCAUUUCUAGGGUUUGUAUCUCCAUAACAACAGUAUUUAUAUUAGUUGCCAUGCUAAUCUAAUUAGAUUAAUUAUUUGAAUAAAUGGAACGAAUUCUCAACACUCUACAAUAAUUAAUUAUUGUAGAAUGGUUUGUAACCAUGA